AUCCUAUUCCUAUAAAAGAGCAGAACCGGUAUAAGUAAUAACAUUUCUUUAUCUGUCGAUCACGGCAGGUGAACAAUCACUUCCUGAGCAUUCAUUGGAACCCCUUCACGUAAAAAUGAUGGAUGUGAAAAUCUUUACGAUAUUAAUUGCUCUGGUCUGUCUGAAGAAUCAAUUAGUUUCAUGCGACGACAAUGCCAAUUACUGUUACUCCGAUGACGAACAUCCCUAUUUACUCUUCGGUACAAAAUCGGCUUAUGAAUUCACGCAUGGGUUAAUUAAAAACACUACCGUGUCAAAUUGCGAACCUGUACAAAUAUGGAUGUUAAUUAGACACGGAACUCGUAAUCCAAGUUCGAAGGAGAUGAAGAGUAUGAAACGUAAUUUGCCGAAAUUAAAUGAAAAAAUUAUUGAAAAUCACGAGAAAUACGGAAGUGUUUAUUUAUGCGAAAAAGAUUUGAAGAAUCUAAAAGCAUGGUCACUGGCUGAAAAUUUGAAAAAUCCCACGAACUACCUGACAGAGCAAGGUGAACAAGAUUUAAGAUCACUUGGUACGCGAUUCAGAGAUUACUUUCCUCAACUCUUACAGCCUGAUUCAGCUGAUGCUUUAACGAAGAAGUAUAAAUUCAGAUCAACGGACACUCAGCGGACUAUACUUAGCAUGGACCGCUUCAUCGAAGGUCUCUUUGGUAAUGUAACCAUCGACAACAAGGAAGUGGUGCCAAUUUCUUCAGACACUUUAUUAAAGGUUUAUAAGACUUGUAAGGCUUGGAAAGCAGGAAAAAACAAUUCUUCUAUCAAUGCUGAAGUAGAUGCAUUUGUAAAUAGCCCAAAAUACGAUAAAAUAAUCAAUGACGUUAGUAAACGACUGGGUUUUCAAGAUAAUCUCACUUUAGAUGAUAUUAUGGACAUGUAUACUGCAUGCAGAUAUGAGAAAGCUUGGCAAGUAGAUGAAGUAUCACCUUGGUGCGCUGUUUUUGCACAAGAUGAAUUGAAAGUAUUUCAGUACGAAAAUGAUCUUCAUUAUUAUUAUCACUCUGGUUAUGGUCGAGAAAUGAACAGCAGAAUUGGAUGUCCGCCGUUGCGAGACAUGUUCAAUCGUUUUUCCAAACUGGAGAACGGAGAUUCUAGCGAACCAUUAGGAGUUUUUUACUUCAGUCAUAGUUCAGCAUUACAAUUACUUCUCACAUCAAUGAAAAUUGCUGAAGAUUCAAUACCGCUAAAAGCUUCGAAUUUCGAAGACAUGGGAAAUAGAAGAUGGAAUACUUCUCAACUGAUACCAUUUGCUGCGAAUCUUGCUGCUGUUUUUUACAAGUGCGAUUCCUCGAACAAAGUAAGAUUAUACUUAAACGAAGAACCUCUAAACUACGAAGGCUGUGAAAUGGGUGUUUGCGAUUGGGAAUACUUGAAAAAGAAGAUAGGGUCAAGUGCGUUCAACUGCAAUACAGAUUUUUGUAAUAAAUAAGGCUACUUGUAAGGUGUACCGAUCAUCCGAGCAUUAAUCGAAUUUGUCUAAUUGAUUAAACGAUAUUACAUCAUCAAGAAAC